AUGGGCAUUGAAACUUCCCCUCCGGAUGUCGAGGAAUCGACGGAACCCCCUAUAUGUUCUUUACCACAGGAACACCCACCGCGUAUCGAUGUAGAAACCAAGCAGGAUUUUGAGAAGAUCGACAACCCGCAAAACGUGUCGGUCUUAGAUGAUGCUCAACGUCCUGCUGUAGACCCGGGCCAACCCAUUUCCGAAAACCCCUUGGAUUACCCUCACACCGUUCACCCUGCUCAGCUAGCAGAAUCGCUCAAUGUUGCACUCCACCAUGGCCUGUCAAAUACCGAGUCGGCGUCCCGUCUCCAGCGAGAUGGGCCGAACAGGGUCCGAGAGAUGCAUGGAGUGUCGGUCUGGAAGAUACUUCUAAGACAAGUGGCCAACAGUUUAACUUUAGUUCUCGUCAUUACCAUGGCAAUAUCUUUUGGAAUUGAUGACUAUAUCGAAGGCGGCGUGAUAACGUCUGUCAUCCUCCUCAACAUUGCUAUUGGCUUCGUGCAAGACUAUCGAGCCGAGAAGACCAUCAUGUCGCUGCAUCGACUGUCUGCACCCAUAUGCAAGGUUCUCCGAGAUGGCCAUGUAGUCUCUGUGAGGGCCGAGUCGCUCGUCGUGGGAGAUAUUGUCCACCUCGCUGUCGGAGAUAUUGUCCCUGCCGACCUGAGACUCAUAGAUGGGAUGAAUGUCUCCAUGGACGAAGCUUUGCUGACCGGCGAAUCGCUCCCGGUGGCAAAAACUCCUCAUAUCGUCAUGGCCUCACGAGACAUCCCAAUCGGGGAUCGCACCAAUAUGGCAUAUUCGGGAUGUAGCACAACCCAAGGUCGAGCCACGGGGAUCGUGACCGCUACGGGGAUGAGGACCGAAGUGGGCAAGAUCGCGCAGCUCCUUCAAGAGACAUCUACCCAUACCAGCUCCAACAUCUUCAAGCGAGGCCUUUAUCGGACUAAAAACACGGUCAAAAAUGUCUUGGGACUAGUAGGCACACCUCUACAGGUGAAAUUAAGCAAGUUUGCUCUGCUGCUGUUUGCCCUGGCAAUUUUGCUCGCCAUCAUAGUGUUUUCAGUCAGCGAAUGGGACGUCGAAGGCGAGGUCCUCAUUUACGGAAUCUGCGUCGCCGUGGCCGUGGUCCCGGAGUCGCUUAUUGCGGUCUUGACAAUCACCGUGGCAGUAGGAACCAAAGCAAUGGCCAGAAGCAAUGUCAUUGUGCGAAAGCUCCAAUGUCUGGAGGCUGUUGGUGGCGUGACCAACAUCUGUUCAGAUAAGACUGGUACCCUGACGCAAGGAUCAAUGAUUGCAGCAGCGGCUUGGAUUCCUCAAGCCGGCAAUCUCACUGUCCAUCAGACUACGAAUCCAAUCGAUCCUACGAGUGGGUCGGUUCAACUCGACGACGUUGACUGGAACCCAGAGAGUCUGCAGGAAAAUCAUGCACUACGGACGUUUCUCACCGCAAUUGCGUUGUGCAAUCUGUCGGUGGUAGAACGGGCAGGACCAUCAGAUAUCUCUGGGAAAGAGCCUGUUCAGUCACAAAAUGACUGGACUGCCGUCGGCGAGCCUACCGAGAUCGCACUGCACGUUCUCGCAAUGCGCUUUGGCAUGGGAAAACCAGCUAUAUUGCAGGAGCGCGACAUUGCCCUACAUACCGAAUACCCUUUUGACUCGUCAAUCAAACGCAUGACAGUCGUGUACAAAAACCCCAAAGCCCAAGUCCAUGAAGUCUAUACGAAAGGGGCGCCUGAGACAAUUAUCCCCAGGCUUCGUUUGAGUGAGCAGCAAAAAACGUUUAUGCAGGAAACUGCGGACCGAAUGGCUGGAGAAGGUCUUCGUGUGCUAUGCGUAGCUUACAAAAUGACUCCGAUCGACGACGAUUCACUGGUGUCCCCGCGCGCCAACGCCGAGUCUGGGCUCACUCUCGGCGGUUUGGUUGGGCUCUACGAUCCCCCUCGUGUCGAAACGGCCGCAGCUGUUCGGCGAUGCCAGAUGGCUGGCAUUGCUGUCCACAUGUUGACUGGUGACCACAUCCGAACGGCAACGGCGAUCGCCUCCGAAGUAGGCAUACUGGACCCAUUCGUCAAUGCGAAGUCUACCAGGCUUGUCAUGGCGGCUGAGGAGUUUGAUCGGUUGUCUGACGCCGAGAUCGACGCGAUUGAAAAGCUGCCUCUGGUGAUUGCGCGCUGCAGCCCGACUACGAAAGUUCGAAUGGUUGAGGCCAUGCACCGACGACAGGCGUUUUGUGUCAUGACAGGCGAUGGGGUCAACGAUUCUCCCGCUCUGAAACGGGCGGACGUGGGCAUUGCCAUGGGGAAGAAUGGCAGCGACGUCGCUAAAGAGGCCGCUGAUAUGGUACUAACGGACGACAAUUUUUCGUCCAUUGUCAGAGCCGUGGAGGAGGGAAGAAGAUUGUUUUCUAACAUUCAAAAGUUUCUCAUGCAUCUUCUGAUCUCCAACAUCGCCCAAGUCAUUUUGCUUCUUGUCGCCCUGGCAUUUAAAGAUGCAGAGGACAACUCAAUUUUUCCCAUUUCUCCAAUCGAGAUUCUUUGGGUUAACCUAAUAACAUCUUCAUUCCUAGCCCUGGGUCUUGGUCUCGAGGAGGCCAGACCUGAUUCCAUGUAUCAGCCGCCUCAUGAUCUAAAGGUGGGAGUGUUUACCCGGGAGCUGAUCACCGACAAAAUGAUUUACGGCACAUUCAUGGGCUGUCUCUGCCUCGUAUCGUUCGUCUGUGUGAUUUACGCCGAGGGAGCUGGCACCGCAGACAUGGGUCAUGACUGCAACGAGGGAUGGAACAGCAGCUGCGACGUGGUGUUCCGGGCACGCGCCACGACCUACGCGACCUUGACCUUUCUCUUAUUAGUAACAGCCUGGGAAGUCAAACACUUCUCUCGCUCCCUGUUCAAUCUCGACCCGGACAAAUAUCCCGGUCGACUCUCCGUCUUCUAUUCCAUCUGGCGCAACCGGUUCCUUUUCUGGGCGGUCAUCGCAGGCUUCGUGAUCACCUUUCCAGUCAUCUACCUCCCGGAGGUGAAUCGAAUUGUUUUCAAACAUCACGGCAUAGGUUGGGAAUGGGGUAUUGUCAUUGGAUGUAUGGUUGUGUAUUUGGCUUUGGUGGAGAGCUGGAAGGCGACGAAACGAGCAAUGGGCAUCGGCAGUGGUAAAAAUGCCCGGCUGACGAUGGGAGAUGCCGAGAUGAGGGCUGGUCUUGCGUCACCGUUUUCCAUGAGUGCGAAUGCCAGUGUUGAUGCGAGUGUGGAGGUGAAGUAG